CGUGCACCUUGCAUUUUCUUACCCUGCCCCGUGCCCUCUCUUCCGCAAACCUUUCUAGAUUCUUUCUUUAACGAAAAAAAAAAAAAAAACAAGACCAAGAAAGAACACUUCACAUGCUCUGUUUCCAUAGCCAGAAAUAGCCAUAAAACAAUCUUAGUUUCAAUUCCAUAAUCUCCUCCUCCAUAGCCACAACCAUGCUUCCACUGCAAUUCAGCAACCACCCUCACCACCCUCCACCAUCGCUGUUUGUGAGCAGCUCCAACAACAACGCUUGUUGCUCCUCCUCUCGCCUCCUCUACCACCACAACAGAAACAACAAGGUGCACCACCUUCUUCUUCGCUCCAACGUCGGAACCCUCAACCUUAGGGUUUUCGCAGUGUCUGGUAGCUCCGCGUUCAAGAUGAACCUCAACGAGUACCUCGUCACUCUCGAGAAGCCCCUAGGCAUUCGAUUCGCGCUAACUUCUGACGGCAAAAUCAUCGUCCACUCUCUCACCAAAGGGGGUAAUGCGGAGAGGUCCAGGAUAAUUAUGGUGGGCGACACUUUGAAGAAAGCUGGCGAUUCGUCUCAGAACACUCUUGUUGAAAUUAAAGACGUUGGAGAUACACAGAAGGUGCUAAAUGAGCAAACAAGUUCUUUUAGCUUGGUUCUUGAGAGGCCAACAUCUCCUUUUCCCAUUCAACUACUGCACAAGAUGAAUGAUCUUGAAAUAGUGUUCAAUAGAGGUCGAGUUCCUAUUGCCACAUGGAACAAGACUCUAUUGGCAUCAAAUUUACAACCAUCUAGUGAGAGCUGCGGGAAUGCCGGAUUUCUGAUGUUCAACUCAAAAUUUCUUAAACCAAAUGGAAGCAAGUUAUUGAGCAAUCAAAAUCAACAUAUCAUCACCCAUGGUGAGAGAAACAUUGUUACUGAACACACAACACAACUUGCUUGUGUUUUUACCGAAGAAGUGUGUGGAGAUGGAGAUUGGGCUCAUGGAAGUUUUCCGCUUGAGGAAUACAUUCAGGCUCUGGAUCGUUCCAAAGAUGAGAUGUACUAUAAUCACUCUCUUGGUAUGCGCUAUAGUAAGAUUACAGAGCAAAUAUAUGUGGGAUCCUGUAUACAAACAGAAGAUGAUGUAGAAACCUUGUCAAAAGUUGAGGGAGUUACUGCUGUUCUGAACUUCCAAAGUGGAACUGAAGCUGAAAAUUGGGGAAUCAAUGCAAAAUCAAUCAAUGAAUCUUGUCAAAGGAAAAAUAUUCUCAUGAUCAACUAUCCUAUACGGGAGGGGGAUUCUUAUGAUAUGAGGAAAAAACUCCCAUUUUGUGUGGGACUUUUAUUACGGUUGCUAAGGAAGAAUCUUCGUGUUUUUGUUACUUGCACUUCUGGAUUCGAUCGUUCUCCUGCUUGUGUGAUUGCAUACCUACAUUGGAUGACAGAUGUUUCCCUUCAUGCAGCAUAUACUUGGGUCACUGGGAUGCACACAUGCAGGCCUGACAGACCGGCAAUUGCAUGGGCAACAUGGGAUCUUAUAGCCAUGGCUGAAAAUGGAAGACAUGAUGGGCCUCCCACACAUGCUGUCGUGUUUGUGUGGAAUGGUCAUGAGGGAGAGGAUGUAACUUUGGUAGGAGAUUUUACUGGAAAUUGGAAAGAGCCACUGAAGGCAAAGCACCAAGGUGGAUCAAGACACGAAGUAGAAGUUAAACUACCACAAGGAAAGUAUUACUACAAGUUCAUUGUUAAUGGACAAUGGAAGCAUUCAACUGCUUCACCAGCAGAAAGGGAUGACAGGGGAAAUGUUAACAAUAUAAUUGUGAUUGGUGAAACUGCCAGCGUUCGGCCUUCUGUUCAGCACCAGCAGAAAGAUGCCAACGUUGUCAAAGUGAUUGAAAGGCCUUUGAAUGAAAAAGAGCGGUUUAUGCUGGCGAAAGCAGCUCGUUGUAUUGCUUUCUCUAUCUGUCCUAUCAGAUUAGCUCCCAAAUAGUUGCAUGCAAAUAUCACAAUGUACAGAGUUGCAGUUGUUGUACAUGUUACCGGGGGCCGUACAAAAUUUGGUCGCAGUUCUGAGGGCACGUUGCAGAGAGUAAUCACACCCUGGGGUAUGUCUUGUCAUUCAACUAGUGAAAUAAAUGAGAUGGUCAUGUUCAUUGCACUGCUAAACUUGACUCUCUUUCCCCUCGUUCUGUUAUUCGUACUAAAUAGUCCUAUUUAUAGUAGGAAUUCACAUGUAGUACUCGCUAUUUACCAAAUGUUGGCCUAAGUAAUUUGCUAUAAUGGAUAACGUAUAGCUUUUUUAAUUUGAGUUUAUGACAAAUGCAAGGCACCAUAGCAUUUAUGUAAUGUUGAGUUAAAAUUGUGAGGUUGCUUUCAGUACUACUACUAUUUUAUAAUUUCUUAUUUUCCGUUGUUUAUGUAGAGAAUAGGGGGUGACCCCAUGUCAGAUUGGAUUGGAUUGGAUCUGUGGCAUUUUAUGAUCCCAUCUGAUCAAUUUUAAUCUAUUUAGUUUGGAUUGGAUUGAA